GCAGGCUACCCACAAGGCAAAGCGUUCUGGCCAGGAGUUGGAGGUGGAAAACGUCGGACUCCGCUGUGAGAUCGUCGGGUGAGUGUAGACCGAUGACCGCCAAUCAACUCAACAAACCCCUCGAUUUUUGUCAGAGCCGCCUUUCUCACGCAGCAAGAUGCAUGGCGAGCCAUGACAUAUAAAUAUCGCAUCUGGCGGCGGCUUGUCGAUCCUGCAGCCCCUCACUCUUCCCUGACCACCCCUCCAUCGCCAUUCUCAUCCCUCUCACAAUGUCUCCACAAUCGCUUCCUCCUCUAGACGGCUCUGUCCCUCUGUUCCCUGGCUUCGUCGACUGGCAUGCGGAACACAACCCUCACGACCCCAUCUAUGUCUUCCCCUUCCCCGACCUUGAUUCUGACAAGCUUUCGACCAUCUCGUUCGUAGACUUUGCCCAUGCCACCCAUCGCAUCGCGCAUUCUUUCCGCCCUGGGCGCACUGGCCCCGACGGCGCUCUAGUUGCCAUCCUGGCCAACUGCGACUCAGCCCUGUACCACGCUCUCAUCGCUGGUCUCGCUCGUGCAGGCUUUGUGCCUUUCCCGAUGUCUCCUCGCAACUCUGCAGUUGCCGUAGCGAACUUGCUGGAGAGCACCGGCUGCCACCGUAUCGUCUCUCAGCCCACGUUCGCGCCUCUCCUUGACGGGAUCCGCAAGACCGUCACGCCGGGCUUUGAGGUUCACAUAGAUGAACUGCCGCCGUUCGGCGACAUCUUCCCGGCCCUGUCGUCGUCCUUUGACCCGCCGGCCCCUGCUCCCGACGCCUACCCGGCUGCGACUAAGCAUGUCCAGCCGGAUGACAUUUUGCUGUACUUACAUUCCUCCGGGUCGACUGGCCACCCGAAGCCGAUUCCUCACACGCACACUACGAUCAUCCAAUGGUGCCUCAUGCCGCUGAUCAUCGAGUCUCGCAAGCGGGCCAUCCGAUGGGGCUGCAUGGCGCUGCCCGGAUUCCAUGUCAUGGGUUUGUGCUCGCAGCUCUACGCGCCGCUUGUGUCCGGGCAGCCUACGAGUCUUUUUCCUCCUCGCGCGCUCCAGUCGGCGCCUCCGGUGGUCCCCACCCCGCAGAACACCAUCGACACGGCGCGUAAGACCGGUUGCACUGCGAUUGAGAGCGUGCCCGCAUUUGUUGAGGCGUGGGCGCACAACGAGGAGGACAUGAAGUAUCUGGCUACUCUCGACUCCCUGAUCUUCGCAGGUGGCCCACUUGCCUCGGCGACUGGAGAUAAGUUGGUGGCCAACGGUGUGCGACUCUUCUCCUGCUACGGUGCUACCGAGUUUGGCACCUUGACGUGCAUCUACGACGAUGAUGUCGAUGCUCCAAGCCCGAUCGGCAAGACUCGUCAUGACUGGCAGUGGAUGGCUAUCCCUUCGGACGCCAAGCCGCGUUGGAUUCCCCAGGGUGAUGGGACUUAUGAGUUGCAGUUCUUGGCGUGCCCAACGCACCAGCCCAGUGUCAACAACUUGCCCAACGGCGAGCGUGGAUAUUCGACGUCUGACCUCUUCGAGCCGCACCCAACUAAGCGUGGCCUCUGGCGUGUCGUCGGACGCACUGACGACGUCAUUGUUUUGGGAUCUGGCGAGAAGGCGGUUCCGAUCCCUCAGGAGAAGCACAUCGAUGCUCAUCCUAUGGUUACGGGAGCUCUCAUGUUCGGUCGCGGUAAGCAGCAAGUGGGCGUUCUUAUCGAGCUCAAGCCGGAGUUCGCGAUCCCUGCUGGUGAUGAGAGUGCAGUCAUCAAGUUCCGCAACGUUAUCUGGCCGCAGAUUGAAGAGUCCAACCAGACUGCGCCCACGUUUGCGCGUAUCUUCAAGGAGAUGAUUAUCGUUGCCGACCCUGCCCGGCCAUUCAUUCGUGCAGCAAAAGGAACAAUCCAGCGCAAGAAGACUCUCGAGAUGUAUAAGGACGAAAUCGAGGCGCUCUACAAGACAAUUGAGGAGAGUAGGGACUCGCAUGGUGUCGCACCACCUCCAUCGUGGAAUGUGAAAGACAUCCAAGCAUGGCUGGCUCUGCAUGCGGCCGCCAUCAACGGUGACAAGAUGCCGAAACCUGAGCGCGAUCUCUUCGAGCAAGGCUUCGACAGUUUGAGCUCGACCUUCCUGCGCAACCGUAUCAUCGGUGCUCUUCGCGAGUCUUCCGACCCUGCGGUCAACUCGGCGGCUCAGCAUGUCUCGCCGAACUUCAUCUUCCAGCACCCGACCCUCGUCGCACUUGCCGCAGCCGUGGCGAAGCUCGUUCGUCCGGGCGCCACAGUUGCUACCCAUUCUCCUGCGGAGGAGAUUGAUUUGAUGAUCGCGAAGUACACGGCGAAGCUGCCGCCUGCUCCUACCUCGCGCAGCAACAAGGCGAAGGACGGAUUGGUGGUACUACUUUCGGGAACGACAGGGUCAUUGGGAGCCCAUAUUUUGGAGCUGCUUCUGUCCGACAGCCGUGUCAAGCGCAUCUAUGCGCUUAACCGUGGCUCUGACCUUCCCACUCGUCAGCGUGCUGCCUUCGAGUCAGCUGGCUUGAAAACCGAGCUGUUGAGCAAGCCUAACGUGGUAUACCUGUCGGGUGACUUUGGGCGCGAGGACAUCGGUUUGGCGCAGAGCGUUCUCGCUGAGCUUUCUGCUUCUGUUACUCAUAUCAUCCACAACGCCUGGAGGGUCGACUUCAACCUGACGCUCGCCUCGUUCGAGACGCACAUCGCAAACGCCGUUCGCCUCCUCGCACUCGUCCCAGACAGCUACUACCUCUUCACGUCUUCUGUCUCCGUCGCUGGAGGCUGGCGGGCUGCUCAGGGCCGUGGCCCUGUACCGGAAAAGCCUCUCGGCAACGCGGAAAUCCCCGCGAGGUCCUCCGGCUAUGGGAUGUCCAAGUAUACUGUCGAGAUGGUCCUCGCGAAUGCCCGAGCUGCCGGUUUGCGCACAACAUCUCUGCGUAUCGGUCAGAUUAGCGGCUCGUCGAGGAGCGGAGCGUGGAACAAGAACGAGUGGGUGCCGAACAUCGUCAAGACAAGUAUUGCGCUUGAUGCUCUUCCCGACCUGGACGGGCUGGUUUCAUGGGUUCCGAUGGAUUGCGUUGCCAGUGCUGCCGUCGACGUGAUGUUCAGCUCUGCAGAGCCCGAUCUGGUCGACAUCGUGCACCCACGUCCUGUAUCGUGGCGCGAGUCACUCAGCGGCGUUAACGCUGAGCUUGGGCGUAGCCUGCCGUUCAUCUCCUUGGACGAUUGGGUCAAGAAAAUCGAGGGUGUCGCUGAGGGCGGCGCGUCCGCCGACGAUCUCGAAACGAUUCCUGGAAUCAAGUUGCUCGAGUACUUCCGCAGCCUCUCAGCCAUGGAGCGCGACGCACGGGAGUCCCACGUCACCGAGAUCGAAGUAGGUGGUCUGCCUCUCUUCCACACGGAGAAGGUCGAGAGCGUCAGCCCGACGAUCGCGAAGCUGCGUCCUCUUGGGGAGGAAGACGCGAGAGCAUGGGUGAAGUACUGGAAGAACAUCAAAUUCAUCGCAUAAAUGGGCUUCUGCAACGGCGCAAUGUUUUUCUUUCUUGUUUCGUAUAGACGUGUAGACCAUAUAGAGUGCACUAGAGAUCGUCGUGUCCAAUUUAUCCAUUUCGUGUUCGUGACCCAGAAUGGGAAGAGUUCAGUACCAGUUUGUCUGCCAC